UUUUCUAUUUUCAUUUAUUUUUGUUACAUAAAUUUUGUUUAUUUCAACUACUUGUAUACAAUCACUACUAGUUACUAGUAGUACACUUACUAGUAGGUAACGUCCGAAACGGUGCCGAGGGGUAGCUAAAUGUGGUGAUUUUCUCCUUAUGUGGCAUGAAUCCAGGUUUUAGUACAUUUGAUAUUAUCGAAAAACUGCCGGCGUAUUCAAAAUGUUAUAAACGAGGACUUAUAUUGCGAAAAUAUUUCAACGUUAUAUUCAUACAUGAACUGUCGUUGACAGUAUUGAACGGUGGUUUGCCAAAUUUUUUUGACGAAUUUCACGAGUUUUUCGUAAACAUUGUUAUGACGCAGCUUCCAUUUUGAAAACCGAAGCUACAAGAAAAGCACGUUAAACUGCUCUUCACAUACUCUCUUCGGACCACUUCGGACAAACGCGUCCGUGUUGUGUGUCUUUUUCGGUGCCAUCGUAUUUGAUAAACAAUUCUAGUGCGUAACUCCUAUUAAAAAAAUAAAAUGCAGGGAACUAUUAUAGAAAAUUUAAGCGGUAGGAAGCUCUCGGUACUUGUAAUGCUACUGAUCAUCGCACAAAUAGUUUGUUUUCUAAUAGGCGGGCUGAUUGCUCCAACACCUGCUAGUAGUCAAAAUAUACUGGGUACACCUUGCAAAGAUAUUCGUGUAAAUGGAUCUGAACCUGGGAGUGGAAAAUGGUUUUAUUCAAGGGGAAAAGGGUCUUGUAAUGUGGUUGAUAUGAACCGUUUCAAUUUUGACAGUCAUCAUCAGGCAUAUCAAGUUGUUUAUACAUUUCAAAUGCCUGUUCCUCGUAGCAACAUGCAACUAGAUUAUUCUAGGUGGCAGCAAAAUUUAAUUGGUGUUUUGCAAGUGGAGAUUGUUUAUCAUAGUCAGAUAGAAAUUGCUCCUAGGACAAAAAUAACAUUGGAUGCAAGACUUGGUUAUAGAAACAAAGGAGAUCCAGAUGAUGCUUGGAAAUUGUAUGCUGCCUCUGUAGUAGAAAGAAUGUUGGAGUGCAGUAUUGAUGAUGCAAUGGAGCAGUAUAAUUAUAACUGCAGUGUAGUGCCAUUGUUUGAAUUGGGAUCCCUAUAUCAUGAUUAUUAUCUUUUAAAUAUUCGUCUUCCUGCUGAUACAGAUAAAAACAUUAAUCAGGGUUUGGGACAUAUAACUGAUUUAUGGCUGACAGCUAUCAAUCAGAAUGGCGGAUUUACAAAGGUGUGGGUGAGUUUGAAAACUAUUUAUUUCCCAAUUGUCAUAUGUGUCCUCACUUGGUACUGGCGGCGAGUACACAUGCUUUCAAGAUCACCGGCUCUUUUGGAAUAUUUGCUUUUGGCACUGGGCAUAGCUCUAACAUUUUUAAAUAUGCCUUUGGAGUAUUUAACACUUGCCUAUGAUAUGCCAUUCAUGCUUCUAUUGGGUGAUAUUCGACAAGGAGUGUUUUAUGCCAUUCUUUUGUCUUUCUGGCUUGUAUUUGCUGGAGAACAUCUUAUGAUACAGGAAGGUGAACAAAGGAACUCUUUAAAAUGCUACUGGCGACAUCUGUCUGCAGUAGGUAUCGGAUGUCUAUCAUUAUUUGUGUUUGACAUGUGCGAACGCGGUGUGCAAUUAAGAAACCCGUUCUAUUCAAUUUGGGUUACUGAUCUUGGUACUAAAUUUGCCUUGUCAUUUAUAAUUUUAGCUGGAGUGUCUGCUGGUGUAUAUUUAAUAUUUUUGUCCUACAUGAUAUGGAAAGUAUUCAUGAAUAUUAGUGCAAAAAGGGCAGUAUUACCCAGUAUGAGUUCGGCACGACGUUUGCAUUAUGAAGGUGUGAUAUAUCGAUUUAAAUUUUUGAUGAUAGCUACGCUUUUAUGCGCAUCUUUAACCGUUAUUGGAUUCAUUCUUGGCCAGGUUGCAGAAGGUCAGUGGAAAUGGGAUGAAGAAUUACAUUUAGAAAUGACAUCAGCAUUUUUCACUGGUGUGUAUGGAAUGUGGAAUAUUUAUAUCAUAGCAUUAUUGUGCUUGUAUGCACCUUCGCAUAAACAAUGGCCUAUCGAACCAUCUGAAAAUAGUAUUAGCGAAGAAAUUGAAUUUUCACGUUUAUCAACUGAUCCCAACGAGAUGUUGUCUUUGACAGCAUUUGCACGAAAAGCAGCAGUAGAGUAAAUAGUAUAUAUAUUUUAAAAAUAGUAGAAGAAUGGCAAUCGACCAGUCAACACUUUUGUACUUAAACGUUGAAUACGUCAAACUAUAAAUAUGGUUUAAUUGAGGUUUUUCGAUAUUUAUAGGAUACUCGAUGACUGAUAAUACUCGAAUAAGUAAUCCUUUUAUGCCAAAAUCAAUUAUUUAUAAAAAAUAUUUUUUAAGCUUUAUUCACUUUGUAAUACAUGUUAGUCUCUAAUUAGCGAUUUUUUUUAUUUAAAUAUUUAACUAGCUGUUAAGUAUUUUAAAGAUGAAAUGAAUGAAACAGUCACUUUAUCUAUCCCUAGAUUUUUCAGUACUUUUAUUAUCAUACACGAUGUGGUAGAAUAACAUGUAGUAUAUUUAUUUGAUGGAACAUUCCAUUUUAAAUUUAACCGAUAUUAUUGUAGUGAGAUUUUUCUAUAUAUGUACUGCAACCAGUGAACAAUCAUAAUAUCAUUGCCAUACUUACAGUACUAAUUAAUAAGCAAUCUCACAAAAUCUAUUUUCUUUAAGAAUAAGUAAUCUAUUUCGUCGUUUUAUACUACAUAUCAAUAUUGGGCAUUUACCUCUAAUUAACAUUUAUAAACGUGCAUUUAAUUGUACCCAUGUAAUAUUGAUCACGGAAAUCAAAUACCUUCAUUAAUUUGGGGUUACUAUCACUUGACAAAUAUUAACGUACAUUUGGCAGUAUUAAAUUCCUCAACGCAUUUUUAAUAUAUACAUUUCAUAAAAAUGUUUACCAAUUCUGAUGAAUUAUUAACACAAUUUUUAGAUUUUAGGACAUGCAUGCUACAAAGUAGAAUCGAAGAAAAAAAAAAGGUGCAAUAAGUCUAUCAUUCUAAUGGAAUCAAUUUAGUGCACAUUAGCUACUUACAUAGAGUACUUAUAUUUGAAACAGCAGGAUUAGCAUUUUCUAUGCCUGUUAAUGCUUUUAAAGAAUUGUAUGACUGAAUAUUAAUCACGAAGAACGUUUCGUAUUAUAUAAUUAUUUAUCAUAUUUUCUUAAUAAUUUUAUAAAUGUGAGAUAACAAAAACGAAAUGUAUUAACACUGCAAAAAAAAUUAAUAUUUUCAUGUGUAGUUGUAUUAUUGAAUUUCAUUAUGGUAUUCAAUUUGAUCAUUUUUCCGUGUGUAUUGAACGAAAUUUUAUACUCACGACUUUUAUACAUUUUUUAAAUAAAUCAAUUUGUUAGAAUAACUUUGUUAUGUUAUUAAGUAUUGCGUAUGUAUCGACUGCCACAGGCCUGUAUAUCUAAUCACAUGUAAUGGUCAUAUAUGUAUGUGUCGUUAUAGUUACGUUUUUUGUUUCAACGUUAUUGAACGUCAACGUAAAACAUAAAAUCGUAUGAUAUCCGACACGCCGAAUAUUUCAAUUUUCUUCAGAACGUCUUUGUAGUUUCUCACAAGAAUAACUGCUUUGUAACAAAAUUCUUUUUCAUAGCCAAAUAAGUGCUCGAUGUUCAUCAUAACUUAUCUUAACAUGUUUUGAGGGGUUAACUCCGAAUGUCAAGUUUCUCAAGGUACAAGUUAUUGGACUACAUACAUGUACAACAUA